CGCCGCUCGCAGGAGGAAGAAGAGAGAGGAGCGAAAGGAAGGAAAGGGGGGUCGGGGCAGAGAGGGAAAGAGGGGAGAGGGGGAAUAAUGCCUCUGGGUCCUCGCCAGAUGCCGGCGAGUCGCAGCCCAGUCCCCGGAGAGCCGCCAGCCCCUGUUAAGACGAUGGCGCCCAUCAAGGUGCACGGGAUCACCGGGUCCCCGCCGGUGCGUGCCGUGCUGCUUACCUGCAAGGCCCUCGGCGUCGACUACGAGUUCCAUCUCGUCAACACUCUCCGCGGCGACCACAAGACGCCCGAGUUCCUUAAGCUCAACCCGCUGCACACGGUGCCCGUCAUCGAGGAUGGCGACUUUGUCCUGUGCGACAGCCACGCUAUCGUGACGUACCUGGCUGACAAGACGGGCAGCGACAAGUGGUACCCGAAGGACGCCCAGAAGAGGGCGGUGGUGGACCAGCGAUUGCACUUCGACAACGCCAUUCUCUUCACCCGAGUGCGCGACAUCCUGGAGCCCGUGCUGUACUUCGGGGAGCCCACAUUCCGCUCCGAGAGCGUCAAGGACCUGGAGAAGGCGCUCGUCCUCCUCGACGCGGUCCUCGGCGACAACGACUUCGUGGCCGGCAGCGAGCCUACGGUCGCCGACUGCUGCUGCAUCGCGUCCGUCAGCACCAUGCUGGGUCUGGUGCCGCGGCUGCCCGUGCCGGAGCGCGUGGCCGCCUGGGUGAAGCGCUGCGAAAAGACGCUGCCCUCCUACAAGGAGGUCAAUGUGCCGGGGGUCAAGGGCAUCGCCAAGCUGGCGCGCAACGUGUGGCUGCGGCGCGCGUACGGCGCCUACCUGGGCGUGGAGAAGAGGCUGUCCGCCGCGCUCGGCCGCGCCCGGACGAGGAGGUGACCCCCGUGUCUGUCAUGCCUCCCUGAUCCUCGCUGUACAGUACAAACGUGUAAAAUACGAAAACAAACGUGUAAAUAAAUUAAUUGGAAGUUUC